AUGGCUCUGGGCACGAAUGCCGGUUACACUGGGCAGGAACUCACCCAGUGGGUGAAGGGGCAGGUGGAUGAUCUGCUCCUGCCAAGAAGAAGAGCCGCCAGAGAAGCAGAGGAGGAAGGAAAAAAGAAGCCCAAGAGUGAAGAUAUGGACACACUGGGUCAAGCCCGAGAGCCGAUCAUCUCGCUUCUGAAGGAUUCUUGGGUCGUUUCCUGUUCUCUCAUUCUAUUCACAGAUGGCUCCACAUCCUUUAGAACUAUAUCUCAGGUAUUUCAAAAUAUUUCGGACAAAUACGUCCCAGCUCACAUAGAAAUUGAAAGGAACAGUGAAAUUAAUUCAACACUAUAUCAAGUUUCAUCUGGAGUCGAGAUUGCUUUAAAGAUAAAGCUCUCUUCAAUGUGCCUCACGCUACUGCUGGUCAGUGACGACAAGGAAUUCCUGAAUUAUGUCAUUAGGACCUCUUUCAACGAAGGACUUCUGACCAAGCAGACUCGUUCAAUGAUUGUGACCAGAGUACAGUUGGCUGGACUCCGGUUGGCUCAGGAAAUGUUGUCUCUUACAAACUCUAUUGUUUUGAAUCUUGAUUACUUACAAACUACUCGAAGAUGUAGGGCCUUUGCAGUAAUCCCAUACAGCUUCCGGAUGAUGCUAAUUGCUUACUGGAUCCCUGCAUAUGGCCUAGUUUAUUCCAGCGAGCAUAAACCGUAUCCUGAAAAGUUUAGAAAAAUGAUCGACGGAGCAAACAUGAGCAUAGCAGCUGUCACUUAUCUACCCCACAUUCGUGUGACAGCAAAUUCCACGGCUGUGUCCAUAACUGGGCCUUUAAUUGAUGUGCUGAACUUGCUUGCUAAGAAGAUGAAUUUCACGUACACCCUAGUUCCCGAAAACUCAUAUGGGUACCUUCUCCCUAAUGGGACUUGGAAUGGACUGGUUGGAUUAGUCCUCAGAAAGAAUGUCGACUUUGCCCUGGGACCCCUGGCCAUCACCUAUGCAAGGUCAAAGGUCAUCGACUACACAGAGCCGCUACUCGUGGAUUAUCUGGUGCUUCAGGCUAAGAGAGGUGGAAUUGAAAUAGAUCCCUGGAGCUUUGCACUGCCAUUCACCGCUUCAGUAUGGGCCUCGUUGUUCGCCACAUUUUUCCUGUCAAUAAUCACUGCUGUCGUCUUUAACCACGAAGCUAAAGAGUGGUCACCGUCGUCAGCUUCGCCUCUGGUCUAUUUCAAGGUUUUAAUGUCUCAAGACGUGGAUCGUACGAAUUACGCCUGGUGGGAGAGAAUGAUCGUCGGCGGCUGGAUGGUCGUCGUGCUGAUCGCUCUGGAAAGCUACAGCGGGAACCUCAUGUCCCAGUUGGCAGUCCGUUAUAUCGCACAGCCUUAUCAGUCCCUGCAAAUCGUCCUCGACGAUCCCAAGAUCAAAAUGAUGUGGGUUUCCGAUACUGUGUAUGUACAGUACUAUAAGAGUUCAACAUCAGGUAUUCUCUAUGAAGUGGCCAAGUCGGAAGAGAAGGGUAAAAUCACAUUCGCCAAGUCCAUUGAUUACUUCACGGCCAUGAACACCUUGGUAGCGAGAGGGGAUCACGUUUCUGUCAACCCUUACUUGUCAGCGAGGUUUUUCCUCACUGAAGCCUUUACCGAUGGGGGAAACUGCAGAUUCUAUCUAUCGAGGGAGAGGUACCUUCCAUUCACAUUCGCCAUGAUUGUACAGAAGAACAGCCCAGUUCUUCAGGGCAUAAAUGAUGGGGCUGCUGGAGCUGGAGCCACAGCAAGAAGAAAUUGGGAACAACAGGGCAGUGCACAGGACUCUGCCCUAGCACAGGAGAAGCUGUUGACUAAAGAGGACGAUAAUCCUCAUGAAGAUCCGCAGCAGUGUGCAGACAUCAGCGAGUUAUUCGCUGCAUUCCAAACUGUAUCAGAGAAGUACAGCAACGGUGAAUCAGCGGCAGUCAUCAGAACAGCUGUCAGACGCUUAAAACAAUUGAGAAGUGAAAAUCAGCUGAAUAAUCUACUAUAUAACUUGGGGAGUGGCACAUGUAACACCGGAGCUGGCAGAGGUUAA